AUGUCAGACCAAUCGAGCCAGCGCCAGGACACUCGACGCACGCACCGUAAAUCGAGAAACGGCUGCGUCACAUGCAAGCAACGCCGCGUCAAAUGCGACGAGGGCCGUCCCAGAUGCUCAAAGUGCGUUUUCGGCGACCGCCCAUGCUCGUAUCAGAAUCAGAAACCCGAGACCCCGACUUCGCCCACGCCCACGCCCCGUGUCUCAGAAACCCCCCAGCCGCGAGCCGAGGCUGGGACCUUUACCGCCAUGGACCUAGCCUUCCUUCACCAUGCAGAAUGUAACCUGGCUGAAUUCAUGGCGCUUCAGUGCGACAUGAAGCCAAUCAUCACGCUCGCCGUCGACAAUGCCCUCACAACGCCCUAUCUCCUCGACCAAUUACUUGCCCUCUCGGCGCUCCAUCGAGCAGUAUCCGAUCCCGCUAUGGCCUCAGUUUACCACCAACAGGCUACGGAACUGCAGACGCGCGCCCUGUCCGCCUUCAACGAAACCAAGGCUGACAUCUCUGAGAGUAAUCACCUAACCUCGUUCGUCUUUGCAACUCUACUCGGCGUCCAUGUGCUCCGCAACACCCUCGCCAACAACCAUCAUAGUCUGGUCGCCUUUAUCAGCGCCUUUGUAGCUUAUAUCCGCCUUCAUCGUGGGGUACGUGCCGUCACCAACCAAUACUGGGGGUUGAUCCUUCAGUCGGAGUUGAAGCCUCUGCUGUACAUCGUCGACUGGGCCGACAGAGCCGACCAGCUCGAACCUGGAACCGACACGGCCAGGAUGCGAGAGUUUCUGCAAUCAACCCCCGGCAUAUCAUCACUAUCCCUAGACGCGUGCUUGGACGCUCUGAAACAGGUUCAGUGGGUGCUGGACACGAUCAGGUUGGAGCCCACGCGGUUCGACCUGGCCGUCCAUGCCACCAUGGCCUGGCCACUCCUCGUUCCAGACGAUUAUGUCGACGCUCUUUACCAGCACCGCCCGGAAGCCUUGGCUGUCUUGAGCUACUAUGCCGCCAUUGUCCAUCGGUACCGGGAGUUCUGGGUCUUUCUUGGGGGUGCCGGGUCAACACUCGUGGAACUAAUUGCGCGCCAUAUUGGUCCUUUUUGGUGCGAGGUUAUGGCUUGGCCACAGAGUGAAGUUUUUGAAGGAGAAUAG